AUGCUCAUCCGCGGUCGGCCUCGCUUGAGCAGUCUGCCUUCCGGAGCGACCACGCCGGUGCGCGAGUGGGUGCAGAACCCGCUCCGAUGCCAUCUGGCCGGCGCGCACGCAACGGGUCGGACGGAAGGGAAGGUCAUCAAGGCUCCGGACCCCGCCUGUCCCCUUCGCGGCUGGCCUCGCCUCGGCAGCCUGCUUUUCCCUGGCGGCUGCGUCGAGGCGCGCGGUGGUGCAGGCCCCACUCCGAUGCCUCCCUGUGGGUGGCGGCGCCCACACGGCGCGGCCUCCGAGGAGGCGGCGAGGCUUCCGAGGAGGCAGGGGGGCUUCCCUCAGAAGCCCGCCCAGCUGCUAAGCAUCCUUCUUCGAAGCUUCCAGGGCUCUCUCAGCAGCCCCUCCGCCUGCCAAGGAGCUCCUUUUCCGCCUUCUCAGAUGGCCGCCCCCAUCGCGCCGGCCCCUCUGUUGACGCUGACAAAUCUGGUCGGCCCGUGA